GAGAUCCAACAUGACAGUGUUUUUUCCAUUGUUGCUGCUAAUCUGCACUCUCUCUACAGUUCGACUUCAAAUAAACUCUGACAGCAAAAUUACUCCACUUUUAAAUCGGGGAAUGGAAACAACACAAACCUCUGACCCUGAACAAACAUGUAAACCUGACAUCAAUUCUGUUCUGAGAGAGAUGAGUGCCUUGUUGGCUGAACUGAAAGCAGAGAUUAGACACUUACAGAAAGAGAAUGAAGCACAGGCAGCUAAGGUCAGAGAACUGGAGUUACAAAAGACGGAGUUGGACAAGCUGAAGGAACAGCACCAAGUGCUCAUGAAUAAUAUUCAACAAAACGUUUCUGGGAGAAGAUUAUGCACACUUCUUGAGGGAAUUUAUCAAUCACUGAUGGAGAUGUCAACUGAGCUAACACUUCGAGCAGAAGCUGAAGCACAUGUUAUGGGCUCAUUAUACCAUUCUACAUCUCAAAGAGGAAGGCCAAGGUACAACAUACCAGCUACUCAGCUGACUGACAUGCGAGACUUGGGGUUUAGUUGGAUGGCCAUAUCUCAAAUGUUGUCAGUAAAUGUUCGAACACUGUACAACCACAGGAUACAACUAGGUUUAGUGGACUAUGGAACUUUUAAUAAUAUUUCAAAUGUGGAUCUUGAUCAUCUCAUUACUGAGAUUCUUACACAUACCCCUGGCUCAGGAGAAUCCUACAUUAGUGGUAGUUUGAGAGGAAGAGGAAUCAGAGUUCAGCGGUGGCGAGUGAGAACGUUUAAGAAUAGUUGA